UAAAUGGAAAUCUAUAACUCCAAUGAAAGUUGUUGCUAAAGUUAUAAGCACCUUGGAUAAUUUAAAGGAGAGUCUGAAAUAAAAAAUAAAACAAUUUUUAUUCGUUCAAAUACUACAAUAAACUCAGUCGUUCCAGAAUUUGUUAAUGCAUUUUAAUUAUAUAAGAAAUGA